AUGUCCUUGUCACCUUCCGCCGAGGAAAAGAUCAAUCCGUCCGAAGCUCAGGCACUCGCCGUGACUGAGGCUCAUCAUAAUGAAGAGUACGAAGAGUUCCUCGUCCUCGAGAAGCAGAUGGAUGGUGCUCCUCACCGAAAGCUCAUGAGGAAGCUGGAUUUCCGAUUGCUGCCGACUUUAUCAGUGCUCUACUUACUCGCAUCACUCGAUAAAGCGAACGCUGGUAAUGCGAAAUUGUUUGGGUUCCUCGAUGAGAUUGGCAUGACCGCUACUCAGUUCAACUAUGCCCUGAUGUACCUCUUCUUCACGUAUGGUCUCUUCGAGCCGGUCUGUAACGUGUGUCUCCGACGAUUAGGACCGAAAAUAUGGUUCCCCAUCGCGGUGACUACUUGGGGAUUGAUUACCACUCUCACUUGUGUUGUAUCAAGCUACGGGGGCUUCGUUGCUAUCCGAUUGUUUCUGGGUGCUGCCGAGGCUAGUAUAUACCCAGGAGGAUAUCUCCUACUCAGUAUGUGGUACAAGCCAAGGGAGUUGGCUACGAGAAUGGCCCUGUUCUACGGUGCAAACACCGCUGCUGGGGCCUUCGGAGGUGUAAUUGCCUACGGUGUGGGUAAUAUGGACGGCAUGCAUGGUUGGAGAGCGUGGCGAUGGUUGUUCUUGAUCGAAGGGUUGAUCACCGUUUUCUUCGGGCUCGCUUCGUAUUUCAUGCUCCCGCCGUUCCCUCACACGUACAAGGCUGGAACGAAGAACUCUUGGCUUACACCGGAUGAAGCGAAGUACGCAAGACUUAGGACGAAAUACGCCAACGGUCCCCACGCCCCAACCUACGUCUUCCAAUGGAAGGAUGUGCUCGCUGCCGCCAAGGACAGAAAGACCUACUUCAUGAUGAUGCUGUUCUGGUGGGGAGGAUCCAUUCCCACGUACUCUCUCUCGUACACUCUCCCAACGAUGGUGAAGAACUUGGGUUAUACCGCCGUCAAGGCUCAAGCCUUGACAACCCCUCCUUACAUCUUUGCCACCAUCGUCACCGUCACCAUUGGUAUCCUCUCAGAUCGAUUCAGAAGAAGAUACUUCGCCAUCAUGUCAGCUUAUUCCCUGGGUCUGACCGGAAUAAUUAUCCUUUGGAUCACCGUUCACCACCCACACCUCACCGGAGUCAGUUAUUUCGCUAUUUUCCUCGCCGCUGCCGGUUAUUCUGCUCAAGCUCCGAUCGUAGGUGCAUGGACUAGUGAGAACGUACCCAAUCCAAGUAAACGAGCAGCAGCGAUUGGGUUCUUGAUGUUGUUCGGAAGUAUCGGUGGUGGCAGUAUCGGUUCGAACAUCUAUCUUGCAAAUCAGGCUCCAUAUUACCCCCUUGGUUUCGGUUUCUCCGUCGGGGCGACCGUUCUUGGUGCUAUGAUUCCAGCUACGAUCCAUUGGACUUUGCUCAAGAGAGAUAACAUGCGGAAGGACCGGAUGGAUGAGGCUGAAGUUCUUGCGACUUACACCGCGGAAGAUUUGAGUGCGAUGGAGGAGUACAGUCCGUUGUUCAGGUACUCGACAUAA